CUGUGUCCCGGGCCGCCUUGGUCAGCUAUGUGAGUGCUCUGAGGCUGAACUGUCCUCCCCAGAUUUGGAAUCUGGCUGCCGGGCCCCCAAUGGGACAGGGCCCCUGUGCAGCGGGAAGGGACGAUGCCAAUGUGGACGUUGCAGCUGCAGCGGACAGAGCUCUGGGCGUCUGUGCGAGUGUGAUGAUGCCAGCUGUGAACGGCAUGAGGGCAUCCUCUGUGGAGGCUUUGGACACUGCCAAUGUGGAGUAUGUCACUGUCACGCCAACCGCACGGGCAGAGCAUGUGAAUGCAGUGAGAAUGUGGAUAGCUGUGUCAGUCCCAACGGAGGGCUCUGCAGUGGGCAUGGACACUGCAAAUGCAACCGUUGCCAGUGCCAGGAUGGCUACUAUGGGGCUCUGUGUGACCAGUGCCUUGGUUGCAAGUCACCAUGUGAGCAAUACAGGGACUGUGCAGAGUGUGGGGCCUUUGGCACUGGUCCCCUGGCAGUCAAUUGCAGCGUGGCCUGUGCCGAUGUGAAUGUGACUGUGGCCAUGGUCCCUAAUUUGGACGAUGGCUGGUGCAAAGAGAGGACACAAGACAACCAGCUGUUCUUCUUCCUGGUGGAGCAUGUGGCUGAAGGAGUCAUACUGAGAGUGAGACCCCAAGAGAAGGGAGCAGCAGAUCACACCCGUACCAUCAUACUGGGCUGCAUAGGUGGCAUUGUGGCUGUGGGACUAGGGCUAGUCCUGGCUUAUCGGCUUUCUGUGGAAAUCUAUGAUCGCCGUGAGUACAGCCGCUUUGAGAAGGAGAGGCAGCAACUCAACUGGAAGCAGGACAGCAAUCCUCUCUACAAAAGUGCCAUCACAACCACUAUCAACCCCCGCUUCCAAGAGACAAACGGUCCUGGUCCCUCUCUCUGACUGAGGCAACACUCACUUAGGAUUCUUGUCUUGGAGGACAGUGGGGGACAGCAGGGCAGGGCCUGUCAGAGGGCUGCUUCCCACGGCUGCAACCAUUCCCCACCUCAUGAAGGGUUCUCCCACAAUAAAGGCUUGCCUCAGACCACAGCCUUCACUUUGCU